UCCUCAGAACUGUGAGGCCAACGCUGUAACCAGUUACUGCACCUUGCCGCCUAGAAUUGUUUUCUUGGAAAGACGUGUUCGUCAAAGCGAAGCCCCUCCCCAAAAUAAAUAUUCGCCAAGUUUUCUUUCGGUCUCUCCAUUUCAACAUGGCAACCCCGAGCGGGGAGGAGGAUUGGUUUCCCUCGACUUUCUUGACCUUUUGCACCACUUCUGUCCCCUCUUGUUUGACCAGUAGUGACCGAGGGCUAAAUUGCGCUUCUAUCCGGCUCGUGUCGUUAUCUUCCGUACUGCUUCUGCUCUCAUGUCUUUAUCUCACAUGCCAGAGGUGCAAACGGCAUGGAGGACAUCCAGGAUCCAUUUUGACUUCUCUCUACUGUUUCCUUGGUAAUGUGUGUGGAUUCACUGGAGCAAUUUUGUCCAGACAACUCCACAUUCAAGUUUUAAUGGCAAUUGUCUCUGCUGCCCUGGACAUGUUAAAUGUUAUCACCUGCUGUAUUCCACAGUUUUUUUGUAGGAGCUUGCAAGAAGAGAGAAGGCAAAGAAUGAUCAGGAGGCGCAGGAGGUCUCACCUUCUUGCAAUUUGUUUCCUGACGGCACUUACUGGAGGUUUCUUGAAGUCAGGCAUCCUCCAGAUUUCAGCACCAGACGGGGUCAUCCAAGGGAGGAGGCUGUUUUCUGUCCCCCUGCAAGACAACACUGAAGUCCUUGGUUACGUACUUGGCCUACUGGCUUUUGUCAUCACCUCGACCUCCAGGUUCCCCACACUUUACAAAAUUAACAAAGGGAAGACGCUCUCAAGAUCUCACAUUUUCUCUGGGAUGCUAUGCUCACUGGCUGGUAGCCUCUAUGCUGCCGCCAUACUUCACUACGACACUCGGGUCAGCUUCCUCUUCAGGGCAAUGCCUUGGCUGCUUUCUGCAGUCUGUGGUGCCUCGUUGGAUCUUCUGACUAUCCUUCUCCACUGGUGUCGCAAGGCAACCAGGCAGCAGCCUCUGAGAAUUUUCUCAGAAAUGGAGAACCUCCUUGGUGACUCAUCCAAGGACAAUAAUGUGAUGAAGCCUCAUGGAAAACAAGGCAAAAAAUUCAAUUUGACAGAUAUGGACCGUUAUAUGGAUGUCCGUGUUGAGAGCGCAAAACAACACCCCAGAAAUGCAAAAGUGUGUGGGAAGGAAUUGGACGAGAAGGUUGUGACCAGGACAUUCCCAUUGGUACGAAUCGAUGGUUGUGACACAUCAUGUGACUCUUCCGUUGUCAGUUCUGAUCUCGAGUGGGAUUUUGAAGAGAGAAGUGCACAGUGGUGUGAAGCAAAAGCAAAACCACAGGAUGGACCGGUGUUCCCCCUGCAAGAGUGGCCAAGUAACCCAAAACCAUUUAACAUGCGUACCUAUGCUUCAUGUAUACUGCCUCAAAAUGGUAUAUGCUGCAAUGAGGCUGUCACCAAUUCCAAAUGAUUUUUAAAAAUCUAAUAUUCGUGCCACUAAUGGAGUUAUGUCUAUAGUAUUUGGUAUCUUUAUUUGACAUUAAAUUACAAAAAUACAACUAACUUAAUAAUAAUGCAUACUUGUAUAAUUCAAGAUUGCAUUAAAAAAAUGCAUUUAUAAAACA